AUGGAUAUUCAUGUUCUUCAAAGCCAGCCCGCCCAGAAGGUCGCGUUUAAAGACUCUUCCACGGUUCGUGUGGAUUUGGUCCGCGGCGGGUUCCAGCCGCGCCUUCCGACUUCGCUGCCGCCCCCAGGGCAGCAGCAGCAGCCGUCGCCGCUACCACGCCGACAGCCCGUCCCGUUGAUGCCUCCCGCGCAGCUUCAUCCGGGAGCGCCCCAGGUGGUCGCUCCGGCGCCUGCGGUCCCUCUUCAGUCGCCACCGCCUUCGGAGCUGAUGGACGUCGACCCCUCAGCCGGGCCGCCUUCCCAAGCGGUGGCUGUGCAGCCUGUCCUGCAGCCGCUUUCCUUGGGCACCCCCAAGGAGUCUGACACCGCAGCGCCUUGUCCGGCGCCCACUCAGCAGCCGUCGACGCAGCGUCAGGAGACGCUGCCUCUCUUCGUGGGUCCCGACGCCCCGUCGCGUCCAGUCGAUGAAGACAUACAAGUGGCGUUAGCGGCAUUCCCCGUCACAGCUGCGCGGGUGGCCGCCGCGAUGGCCGCAGAUCCGCUCCUGCAAGUGGUGCACCGCUAUGUCCUCUGUGACUGGGCAGCACUUCCACCGCCUCACGCCCAGGCUGGUGGCCACCGACAGGGUGCUCCUCCGUGUGGAACGUGA